CUCACAUAAAUACAAGGGACGUAAAGAAGCCUUAUUGUCUUGGUUGUUAUUAGCAUCGUCACGCAGUAAGUUGGUAAUGCUUUAAUCACAACUGAAAGCCACUGAUUUUCACCUUCUGCAUAUACUGUUUUUUAGGACUUGUUUCAUCUAUGCUGCUGUUCAACUUUAGGAAUUAUAUCAUGGCUUCUAAAGAAAUGCUGAUUAGUUCAGAAUGAGUGAAUCCCUGAAAAUGCAGCUCAUCAUGCUUUAACAAAUUAUACAUGAAACACUAAAAUUUGCUUGUAUUUAUGUUUCAUUUCCUUUGAAGAAGGACUUUUUUUUCCCCCUCAAGCACCUGAUAUUAGGUACUUGCAGAUAUGAAUCGUUCCAGGUUACUUGGGAGCACUACGGAUAAGCAAUGGGAAGCAGAAAGACGUGGAGCUAAAAGAGCAGAGGCCAGACUUAGCAAUGGGAUCCAGGAAAUUAAGGAAGCUCAAAACUAUCACAUAAAUAGUAUGACUAAAGAACAAAAACGACUGCAAAAGGAUCUAAUCAGAAUCAAGCAGGCUACUGUUAGGAAAACCACAAGCCCUACAACUGUUAAAGAAAACCAUAAAAGUUCAUUUCAAAAUGAAAGUACAAGAAACCAGCCGGCAGCUCAUCCAGAAGGCCAGGUUGUCGCAUCCGGCUCAUCAAUGACUCUUCAAAUGCGUAUUAAUGACUUCAUGGAUGGUGUUAGCAGCAGAAAGGCUAAGGCAGGUUCUGAAGAUACCCAGCAAAACGAAGCUGCAGCUACAGAUUCUGAUAUCAGUACAACAGAUUCAAAGGUUUCCUCUGCAAGGAGACUGAGCAUUUCCUCUGUAAAGGAAGGCACCACCAGAAAAAAAGGUAGCAUGCAAGGCCUAUCUUCUGAGCUUCCCAUAGAUUCAGGCAAUAAAACACUUCCCUCAGUGGUGAAGUCUUCAAAUGAAGAGGUGCCAAUAAAACCACCAGCUAUCGGUCCACAGUUUUUGAGUAGGAGAAGAAGUUCGUUUUUUAAGGACAAGCCUUUAUUUGAUGAGGAAAUCUAUGCUCCUGAUGGCGUACUUCGCACCCGACACACAAUGCCUGACUUUAUGGAAUCCUUUGAAGAAGCGCAACAUGCCAGAUAUAUUCGCCAUAAAGAUCAACCCGAGUCAGAAAAAGAGCUGAGCUUGGCAGAAAUUUUCCAAAGAAAUAACAAUGACACAAAUAAACUUUAACAAGCAUUAAUCGUAAUAUGUGGUCAUAACACAUAAAGACUCAACCAAAGAUGUAGCAUUAAUAAUCUUUAAAAAUAUAUCCUAAAGCAA